AUGGAAAGAUCCUGCAAGGAAACUCCGGUUCCUCGACCUAGAACCAAAGGCAUCGGUGGACGUCUUGGUCAGGGAAGAAAAGGUUCCCAGGAAUCAGUAUGUUCAAAUUCCUUAUAUGUUUAUACACAUCGCCGCCGAGCGUCUGAGCCUUCCAUCAAAAAUGAUGUUUUGGUCGAAUCUCAGUCCCGAAAAGUCUUAAACACGCCACCUCCAUGUCAACAUCACCCAAAUCACAAGUAUGAUCAGUAUUGCUUUCAUUGUGAAGUACCAGUUUGUUUCGAAUGCGUUACCUCUGGUGAGCAUGACGGACACGACGUUCAAAACGUCUCAAUUAUGUACGAUUCCUUGCGGGAACUUAUCACAAAAGAUACACAAGAACUUGAAAAUUUCAUUUCGCCAUUUUAUGACACAGUAAUGUCGGACAUUGAAGUGACGCAUAAAGUCGUAGCAAACAAACAUCACGACAGGAAGAAAACAAUAUUGGAACUAAGGAAAGAUCUAAGGAAGAUGGUUGAUGAUAUUACAGAAAGACUUUUUAAAGAAGAGGAGAAGAUGGAAGCAGAUGACAUAAGCAGUCUUCAAUCGCUGGAAAAGAAAUUCCUUAAAAUGCGAAAUCGAGUUCGACUGACAAUAGAAGAGAAUCAUAAAAUCAUGAACGAUGCAAAUUUUCCUAGACUUAUAAAUCAUCUCUUCCGUUACACAUCCAAAAAUCAAUUUUUUCGAGAUGUACCUGAACGAUUUGAAAUGGUAGUCUCCGAUUUCAAUCCAUCUACACCUAACGAAAACGAUCUGUCAGAAAAGAUCGGAAAACUGGGUCCCACCAUAACCAGGCCAAUCCAGAGACAGAGAUUGCCAGCUUUAAGAAAAGUAGCUGACAAAAACCCUAAAACGAUGGGCUCAACUCAUUGUGUUCUUGAUCGUGUUAAAACAGGAUUCGUUCGAACUGCAAGAGUUUCUUCCUCUCCUCAAACAGAUGAGUUUUAUGUGUGUGGAGACAACAAAGUGAUUAAGCAUUUUCGUAAAAAAGAGUUAUUGGAAGAAAUUUCCACUUUGUGUCAGAAUGAGCCUUUUGAUCUGACGGUCAACAAAGAUGGACACCUUGUUUACAGUGACUACGACGACGGGAGUGUAAACAUAGUGAAGAAUGGAAAGACAGAGCGCCUACUCAAGUUACUGGAAUGGAGACCACAAGCCUUGUGCUGCACUUCUGCAAAUGAGUUGCUUGUCACUAUGAGAAUGGAAGAUCGUUCGCAGAGUAAGAUAGUCCGUUAUUCAUGUUAUUCAGAGUGUAAAGUAAUGCAAGAAAUCCAGUAUAACGAAAGUCGAACACCCUUGUAUUCAAAUCCAGCCUUCAUAGAAGAAAACAAAAACCUGGAUAUUAUUGUCAGUGAUUGGAGUACAAGAGCUAUAGUUGUGGUGACAAAAAUGGGGAAGUUCCACUUUUCCUACACUGGGAACUUGCAGGCUAACAGAUACCGAACAUUUAACCCGUACGGUGUGGCAACAGACAAUUCAUGUCAUAUUCUGAUAGCGGACUUUGACAAUAAUGUAGUGCACAUCAUUGAUAAGAGUGGACAUUUUCUUCUUUACUUAGACAGUUGUCAUUUGUACUAUCCAUGGGACCUCAGUGUGGACAGUAAUGAUAUUCUGUAUGUUGCUGAGUGCUAUUCUAACGACGUGAAAAGAAUCAAAUAUCUAAAAUAAUUAUUUGUAAAUUUA